GACAGGACACCCAUCAUGGCAGUGUUACACCUGCCACUGUCACCCGCAGGUCCUGGCUGGAGGGUCCCCAGGGCUCACAGCCUGUCCCCCCCCCAACUCUGUGUGCAGACCCUGCAGCGAUGGGGGGCCCGGGUGGGCACGGGCCCCCGGCGGGCACAGCACGGCCCCGCCGCCGCCGCCGCCCCCGGGCAGUGCCCGGGCUGGACGGGCCAGGAGAGCCUGGCCCAGAGCGACCCCGAGCUCUGGAGCCUCGUGCAGAAGGAGAAGGACCGGCAGUGCCGGGGGCUGGAGCUCAUCGCCUCCGAGAAUUUCUGCAGCCGGGCAGCGCUGGAGGCCCUGGGCUCCUGCCUCAACAACAAAUACUCGGAGGGGUAUCCUGGGAAGAGUAUCCUCACCCUGUGCCUCCCCCGCAGCCUCACCCACGGUUACAUGACCGACACCAAGAGGAUCUCGGCCACCUCCAUCUUCUUCGAGUCCAUGCCCUACAAGCUUGAUGUGAGCUGCGGGCAGGGAGGGUCUGAGGUGUCCCAGGGUGUCCCCGAGGUGUGCGACGAGGUCAAGGCCUACCUGCUGGCCGACAUGGCCCACAUCAGCGGGCUGGUGGCCGCCAAGGCCAUCCCGUCGCCCUUCGAGCACGCGGACGUUGUCACCAGCACCACGCACAAGACCCUGCGUGGCGCCAGGUCGGGGUUGAUCUUCUACCGCAAGGGCGUGCGCUCCGUGGAUAAGAAGACGGGCAAGGAGACCCUCUACGACCUGGAGGACAGGAUCAACUUCUCCGUGUUCCCCUCCCUGCAGGGGGGACCCCACAACCACGCCAUUGCUGCCGUGGCUGUGGCCCUCAAACAGGCCAGCUCCCCGGCUUUCCGGGAGUACUGCCAGCAGGUGCUGAGGAACGCCAAGGCCAUGGCACAGGCGCUGCUGCAGCGGGGGUACACCCUGGUGUCAGGUGGCACUGACAACCACCUGGUGCUGGUGGACCUGCGGCCCAAGGGCAUCGACGGGGCGCGGGCGGAGCGGGUGCUGGAGCUCGUCUCCAUCACGGCCAACAAGAACACGUGCCCAGGGGACAGGAGUGCCCUGACACCCGGGGGGCUGCGCCUCGGUGCCCCCGCGCUGACCUCCCGCCACUUCCGCGAGGAGGAUUUCCAGAAGGUCGUGGAGUUCAUCGACGAGGGCAUCGCCCUGGCCUUGGACGUCAAGAGCAAAACCAGUAAGCUCCAGGACUUCAAGACCUUCCUGCUGCAGGACCCGGAGACGCAGCGGCGCCUGAGCGACCUGCGGCAGCGCGUGGAGACCUUCGCCCGUGCCUUCCCCAUGCCCGGCUUCAGCGACCACUGAGGGGGGCACAGCCCCCCUGCCAGGCUGGGCUCACCCGGGGGGGGUCACAGAGAGGCGCAGACCCACCCUCUGCCUUUCCCCCUCCUUUUCUCUCCUGCAUUCCUGGGGUGGGGGCCCAUCCUGCUGUCAGGGUACAGAGACCCCCCAGACCCUGCUUGGGGUGGGGGGCACUGCUUGCUCCAGCACUCAGCCCUCCUGCCAGGCUGGGCUCACUCUGGGGGGGUCACAGAGAGGCUCAGACCCACCCUCUGCCUUUCCCCCUGCCCUUGUCCCCCGUGGUCACCUUUGGGUGCCGUGUCCCUGGGGUGGGGGCCCAUCCUGCUGUCAGUGUUAGGGUACAGAGACCCCCCAGACCCUGCUUGGGGAGGGGGGCACUGCUUGCUCCAGCCUCAUCUUGCACUUUUCUACGGGGAGGGGUUGCUAAUAAAAGUGGGGGCAGA